GCGAUGAUGAAAUUAAAUAAUUACCACGAAUUGUGUAGUCUGUGUCACAUUAAGGUAAACUACGUAUUGUGAAAUACACUAAUCAAAGGGCGUCAGCGUCACCUCAUACUUUGUUAGUUUAGUCGUUGUGAUGUAAUCUGGCGUCUAAUGAAAUCGUGAACACAACGAACAUGGAAGAGGAGGAUAAUAAUUUUGUCAGUUGGGCCUUGAUAACUGGAAAUGGAAGUGGGGUAGUCACGCCAGCAAACCGCAUCCGCGAGUUCCAAAACACGUCCACUCCCUGGGCACUGUGGGAUAACGUGAGUGCGAACGAGAUGUUUCCUCUGGAUAGACGUCGAUACAGCCAGGAGAAGACUUACAGGAACUUCACCGUCACCAUCCAGGUUCUCAUCUUUAUCGGAUCUUUGUUGGGUAACACCAUGGUACUGUGGUCCACGUGCCGCACCACUGUCUUCAAAUCAGUCACCAACCGCUUCAUCAGGAACCUGGCGUGCUCAGGCAUCUGUGCCAGCCUGGUGUGCGUGCCCUUCGACAUUGCGCUGAGCGCCAGCCCCCGCUGCUGCUGGUGGGUCUACACCCUGCUCUUCUGCAAGGUCAUCAAGUUCCUCCACAAGCUCUUCUGCUCCGUCACCAUCCUCAGCUUCACAACUAUUGCCCUGGACAGGUACUACUCAGUUUUAUAUCCUCUAGAGAGGAAGAUCUCAGACACGAAGUCCCGAGACCUGCUCAUCUAUAUCUGGGUCCACGCAGUGGUUGCCAGCGUGCCUGUGUUUGCGGUGACCAACGUGACGGACAUCUACGCCACGGCUCUGUGCACGGAGGCCCAGAGCCCUUCCAUGGGCCACCUGGUCUACGUCGUGGCCUAUAACGUCACCACUGUGAUCCUGCCCCUGGCCGUGGUCUUCUUCCUCAUGGUUCUGAUCCGCCGGGCCCUGAGCGCCAGCCAGAAGAAGAAGGUGAUCAUCGCUGCCCUGCGGACGCCGCAGAACAGCAUCUCCAUCCCAUACGUGUCUCAGCGCGAGGCGGAGCUGCACGCCAUGCUGCUGUCCAUGGUGCUCAUCUUCCUGGUCUGCAGCGUGCCCUAUGCCACGCUGGUGGUCUACCGCUCGGUGCUGGACGUCCCUGAGGUGUCCGUGUUCCUGCUGCUCACCGCCGUCUGGCUGCCCAAAGUGUCCCUCCUCGUAAACCCGCUGCUCUUCCUCACCGUCAACGGGUCGGUGCGGAAGUGCCUGCUGGGCGCCCUGGCGCAGCUGCACCGGCGCUACAGCCGGCGGAACGCGGUGAGGGCGGGCGGCCUGGCCGAGGCGGUGGGCGAGCCGGGCGUGCGCUCCGGCAGCCAGCUGCUGGAGAUGUUCAACAUUGGCCAGCAGCAGAUCUUCCGGGCCUCCGAGGAGGACGAGGAGAACGAGGUGCGCUCCGUGGGCUCGGGGGAUUUCCGGCGCGGCGAGGAGGAGCGGGUCUCCGGCGCCGGCCUGGGGCUCGGGCCACCGCUCCAGGAGGGCACUGCAGGGGCCGGGGCAGUUGCUCCGGCCCCCAGGAGCUCCCCUCUCCACAGCUGCGCUGAGUCCUCUGCUCAGGUGGCCCCAGCCACGCCCUCGGACCCAGAGGAAGGUGGUGACAAGUAUGCAACGCAAUUCGGUUUCGGGCCUUUCGAGCUGCCCCCACAGUGGCUCUCAGAGACCAGGAACAGCAAAAAGAGGCUCCUCCCCCCACUGGGCAACACCCCCGAGGAGCUCAUCCAGACCAAGCAGCCCAAGCUCCGCACGUCAGAGAGACGCAUCAGCAGGAACAACAAAGUCAGCAUAUUCCCCAAAGUGGACCCCUGAAACCCACACUGACUCCCAUAGACGAGCAAACUCUCUUUCAUCCCUCUCACAGAGCACACAGAAUUCCCCUUAUGAGCCUCAUCAGCCUGCAUUUCUUUUUCUGGCAGGGAAAUAUUCGUUGAG